AAUCAGUGGUGCUGAAUUUCAUGUGAUGAAUUUGAGGCGCUUGUGAGCUUUCUGGGUUGUGGUGUCCGCAUGGUUGGUCCAGAGCAGGCUGUUGCGUGCAGAACAAUGAUUUGUUGAAUGGUGUGAGAUGGGGAAUUGUUGAUACUGUCCAAAAUCCUUGAGGGUUUGAUACCCAUUGCAGCUGGACAGGGUCCCCCUGAGACCACAGCAGGAAUGCUUCUCACGUAAGAAAGAAGGGGCUUGUCACUGGGGGACUAUACCCACGGACUGCUGUAGUCUGUGGGACGGAGGGUGUGGAGACAGUGAGCAGCUCCGUAUUGUAUUCCCUAGGGUUGAGAAGAACGAUGGGAGAUGACGUAGAAAUCCUGACCUGACUUGAUUUAGGCAGAAUGUUUCCCCUCAUGCCAAUCUGGGACCAGGACACCACCCAGCCCACCUCAGUGUGACAAGGGGACAGCUGUGUAGGAUGGAGAUGGGGAAAGGGGGUGUGGACCUGUGGAAUUCCCUCCCCCAAGGCUCAGUCCACCGGUUCGGAGACAGAGAGUUGGCUGGUCAUUGAGGGAGGUGGGCAGAGGGCUGGUGUGGUCGAUCAGCUUGAUGAAUGGGCAACAGGAUGGAGUGAACAAAUGGUGUUUUCAUAGAGUAUUUCUGGUAUUGGUGGGACGCAGAUAUAUCAGGGUAGAAUUCCAGAUGUUACACCGUGAGUGAAUGAGAAGGGGUACAGUACUUGUGGGGACUAGUCUGUUAUUGGAGUACAGUGUUGGUUGGGAUGGAUCUGUGGCAGUAUAACACCAGGGUAUGGUACCGGUGGGGACGGGUCUGUCACUGUAUAACACUGGGGUACAGUACCAGUGGGGAUAGGUCUGUCACAGUAUAACACCGGGGUAUGGUACCAGUGGGGAUGGGUCUGUCACUGUAUUACACCGGGGUACGGUACCAGUGGGGAUGGGUCUGUCACAGUAUAACACCGGGGUAUGGUACUGGUGGGGAUGGGUCUGUCACUGUAUAACACUGGGGUAUGGUACCGGUGGGGAUGGGUCUGUCACUGUAUAACACCAGGGUACAGUACCGGUGGGGACGGGACUGUCACUGUAUAACACUUGGGUACAGUACUGGUGAAGAGGGGUCUGUCACUGUAUAACACCGGGGUACGGUACCAGUCUGUCACUGUAUAACACUUGGGUACAGUACUGGUGAGGAGGGGUCUGUCACUGUAUAACACCAGGGUACAGUACCAGUGGGGAUGGGUCUGUCACUGUAUAACUCUGGAGUAUGAUACCAGUUGGGGGUGGGUCUUUCACUGUAUAACACCAGGGUACAGUACCGGUGGGGACUGGUCUGUCACUGUAUAACACCGGGGUACGGUACCAGUGGGGAUGGGUCUGUCACUGUAUAACUCUGGAGUAUGAUACCAGUUGGGGGUGGGUCUGUCACUGUAUUACACCGGGGUACAGAGCUGGUAGGGGUGGGUCUGUCACUGUAUUACACCAGAGUACAAUUUGCUCCCUUUCUCAACAGCCUCUCCCCAUCAUCGCAGUGCAUGUCUCCAAUGAGCAGUGCUCCGGCACCUCCUCUCCCUUCCCCCUCUACAAUGAAUGAUUCUCCAACAGUACAACAAAAAAACCCCUAAUUGUCCAUUUUAUCCUCGUGUCGAGUUGGCUCCAGCCUCCGUCCCUCACUGCCGGACAGCUGGGUUUGGAGGUUCAACCUGCCAAUUAGUGGGAGUUUUAUGAACAGAAAGCUCCCGGCCCUGUCCCCCUGUCCCCCUCCCCAGCAGCUGGCCUGGAACCUGGGAGCCGGGGCAGCCAGGCCGCAACUACGCCGCGCAAGUCAGUCUGGCUUUGCGUCGCAAACGCCCCGCCUCCCGCCGCUUCCGGGGCGCCUGAUUGACGCGACAGCGCCGGCCAAUGACGGGCGGCUCCGGUCGAUCCUCCAGCCAAUGGACGGAUGCGGCGAGGGCGGGAGCAGCCCGUUCGGUGGAUCGCCUUGGCGGUGCGGCCGGGGCCGUCCCCCCAGCCCCCGGCGUGCGGCGGCUCGGCAGUCCUGGAGAGAGAGUCUCUCCCAGUACUGAGACAUCUGUAGACUAUUCACCUUCCUGUUGACUGAUCCAGCGUUUCGUGCCAAGAGUGAACGGGCAGAGAGGAUGUGCGAGUGACCUCCCUUCCAUCUGGGGGAGAGAGAGAGAGAGAGAGACAGAAACAGAGAGCGGCCCUCCUUUGCCAGCCGGGUGGAAGGAGGACCUUCCCCCCCCCCCCCCCCCACACUUCCCUGAGCCAUGGCGGACCACAUCAUGGACUUGUUUGAUGACCCCGGCCUCUUUGCUGAGGGGCUGGAAUCUCUGACGGCUGGCUCCAUCGCCGACGAGCUGGACCUAGGCGAGGGUUUCGAUGGCCUGCCCCCCUUCCCGACCGGUACCCCUGAGCCAGCCCCGCAGACUGCUCCCUUCCCGACGUUCCCCAGCACCGGGCCCCUCUGGGCCCAACCCCCCGCUGGCGGACAGAGCCCAUCAGCACCGCCCGCACCUGAGCCCGAGUACCUGGUCCACCAUGACUAUGCCUUACAGCAGAGUGGCACUGGCGAGGCUGCCCCAGCUCCUGCCCCUGUCCCCUCUCCCACCCCUUCCCCUUCUCCAGCCCCUGCCCAACCAGCCCUCCUGCCCUUCCCCCAGCCCCCCGAGGCCAUCAGUCAGGGCAACCCCUUCAUGGGGGUCCAGGAUUCUCAGCAGGAGAUCCCUGCUGCCACCUCCUCACCCUCUGCCUCUGGGCCCACCGAGGUGAAGGAGGGGGCACCAGUCCAAUCCGUGGGCCAGGAGCAGCAGCCCGCCUCCUCCUCCACCACCACCAUUGCCUCAUCCACCACUUCCUCCUCGCCAGCCGUUCAGUACAACAUCCGUUACACCCUUCCUGGGCAGCCUACCCCCAAUGGAGGGGUGGUGGUCCCACAGGGGGCCGUGCUGGCCAGCACGCAGACCGUGCCCUAUGUUCUUGGGCAGCCUCAGGAGAGCCAGUCCAAUGGAGCCCCCCUAGGGCAGGUGGUCCUACAGCCCGUGGCAGCACAGCAGAGCACGGCCACCCUCUCGACUGUCAAGCCCAACGUCACCAUUGCACCCUCACCGGCCUCACAGGGUGACCCGAAGCGGAUCACGUUAGUCCUGCAGCAGCCGCCCGGAUCCUCCCAGCCCGGCCAGCGCCACUUGAUGAUGCGGACCCUCCCCGGCAAGAUCCUGAUCCAGGGGCAGCAGCUGACGGCCCUGGCGCAGGGCCAGGCGGCCAAGGGCCAAGCCGGCAAGGUGGUGACCAUCCAGCUGCAGCUGCAGAACCCGCAGCAGAAGCUGCAGCCCUGCCAGAUGUUCCUGCAGCAGCCGGUGACUGUGGCUACCACUGCUGCCCCACAGCAGCCCCAGGGAGUUCGGCAGCAGGCACAGGCUCCAAGGCUGACCGUCCCGCUGCAGGUCUCCCUCCAGCAGCCGGUGCAGCCCCAGGUCUCCGUGCCCACGGUAUCGGUGGUGGCAGCCCAGGUGAGCGGGACAGUGAACGAGCAGCAGCGCAAGCUGGAGCACCAGAAGAAGCAGGAGAAAGCCAACCGCAUCGUGGCGGAAGCCAUCGCCCGGGCCAAGGCGCGCGGGGAGCAGAACAUCCCCCGGGUGCUGGCCCACGGUGAGCUCAGUGGCAAGGCCCCAGGCCCCGACAGCGAGGACAAGCGCCGCAAGAAGAAGUCGGCCUCCCGCUCCAAGGACGCCGACGGGAAGAAGUCUAGGUCCUCCUCCGCUGCUGCCGCCAAAGCUGGCUCCUCCUCCUCCGUCAAGGGCAAGGGCAAGUCCAAACUCAGCACCAUCACCCCGGUGAUCGGCAAGAAGCGGAAAAAAACCGGAUCGUCGGAGGAGAACUCAGAUGUGGAGAGGUCCCCCGCGCAUUCCUCCAAGGACGACGAGGAGUCUGCCACUCAGAAACGGCGCUCCAACCGGCAGGUGAAGAGGAAGAAGUACACGGAAGACCUGGACCUGAAGAUCACGGACGAUGAGGACGAGGAGGUGGACGUGAUGGGCCCGGUGAAGAUGCCGCCGAUGGUGGACGUAGAUACCAGCCUGCAAACCAUGCAGCUGUUCGUGGAAAACCCCAGUGAAGAAGAUGCUGCUAUCGUGGAUAAGAUCCUCUCGUUCAGGGUGGCGAAGAAGGAGGUGUACCAAGGACAGUACAUGGAGGUGGAGGAGUUCUACGUCAAGUACAAGAACUAUUCAUACCUGCACUGCGAGUGGGCCACCUUGCAACAGCUGGAGAAGGACAAGCGCAUCCACCAGAAGAUCAAGCGCUUCAAGGCCAAGAUGGCCCAGAUGAGGCACAUUUUCCACGAGGAUGAAGACCCCUUCAACCCUGACUACAUCGAGGUCGAUCGACUGCUAGAGGAGUCCCACAGUGUGGACAAGGACAAUGGCGAGCCAGUGGUCUAUUACCUGGUGAAAUGGUGCUCCCUGCCUUACGAGGACAGCACCUGGGAGCUGAAGGAGGACGUGGACGAGGCGAAGAUUGAGGAGUUUGAGCGGCUCCAGGCCCGGAAGCCCAAGCUGACCCAUGUGGAGCGCCCGCCGGCCAAGGCCUGGAAGAAGCUGGACCAGUUCCGGGAGUACAAGAACGACAACCAGCUGCGCGAGUAUCAGCUCGAGGGCGUCAACUGGCUGCUCUUCAACUGGUACAACAGGCAGAACUGCAUCCUGGCUGACGAGAUGGGCUUGGGGAAGACCAUUCAGUCCAUCACCUUCCUGGAGGAGGUGUACUCUGCCGGUAUUCAGGGCCCUUUCCUCGUCAUUGCGCCGCUCUCCACCAUCACCAACUGGGAGAGGGAGUUCAGCACCUGGACCGACAUGAACGCCAUCGUUUACCACGGCAGCCUGGCCAGCCGGCAGAUGAUCCAGCAGUAUGAGAUGUACUUCAGGGAUCCCAAGGGUCACUUUAUCCCGGGAGCCUACCGCUUCGACGCGCUGAUCACCACCUUCGAGAUGAUCCUGUCGGACUGCCCGGAGCUGAGGGAGAUCGCCUGGCGCUGCGUCAUCAUCGACGAGGCCCACCGCCUCAAGAACCGCAACUGCAAGCUGCUGGAGGGCCUGAAGCUGAUGGAAUUGUGCUGGGGGCAGCAGGGAGCUCUUGCAGACCGCACUGAUGCUGUUCCCCCCUCCAGCUGGGGUCGGUGGAAGGAUAUCCUGGCCCAUGGGCGGUUCAAGCGGCGGAUGUCAGAGCGAGACGUGGAGGUGAUCUGCCGCACCAUCCUGGUCUACUGCCUGCUCCACUACCGAGGUGACGAGAAGAUCAAGGGCUUCAUCUGGGACCUCAUCACGCCCACCGAGAACGGGCAGACCAAGGAGCUGCAGAACCACUCAGGGUUGUCGGCCCCAGUGCCCCGGGGCCGGAAGGGGAAGAAGAUCAAGAGUCAGAGCAGUUCAUUCGAUGUGCAGAAGGCUGACUGGAUCCGCAAGUGUAACCCCGAUGUCCUCCUCCAGGACGACAGCUACAAGAAGCAUCUCAAACACCACUGCAACAAGGUGCUCCUCAGGGUUCGAAUGCUUUACUACCUGAAGCAGGAGGUGAUUGGAGACCAAUCGGACCGGGUGCUGGAUGGAGCUGACACCAAUGACAUUGAUGUGUGGAUCCCGGAGGUGGACGGGAUGGAGGUUCCGGCUGAAUGGUGGGACAUGGAGGCUGACAAAUCGCUGCUGAUCGGGGUCUUCAAACAUGGCUACGAGAAGUACAACACAAUGCGUGCUGACCCUGCCCUCUGCUUCCUGGAGCAGGUUGGGCGACCGGAUGAGAAGGCCAUUGCGGCAGAGCAGAGGGGAAUGGACAUGUUCGGUGACCUCGGUGACGGCGGAGACUUCGAGAGGGACUUAGAAGAUCCAGAGUACAAGCCCCUAAUUCUGGGCAGGGAACAUCGUGACGAUGAUGGUGAUGGAAUGGUGUUGGAUGAAGAUAUCUCGGUGGAUGGGGACGAUGGGGAGGCGCGCAAAGACGUCUUAAUGGGAGCUGGGCUGCCCAGCCAGUGCCGGUACUGGCCCAUGCCUUCGGUGCUGACGGCCCGCCUGAGGCGGCUGGUCACCGCCUACCAGCGCAGCUACAAGCAGGAGCAGCAGAAGAUGGAGGCGGCAGAGAGGGGUGACCGCAAGCGGCGGCGGUGCGAGGCGGCCUUCAAGCUGAAGGAGAUCGCCAGGCGCGAGAAACAGCAGAAGUGGACGGGCCGGGAGGAGUCGGACUUUUACCGGGCGGUGUCCACCUUCGGCGUGGAGUUUGAGCCCCACACACGGCGGUACCGGUGGGACCGGUUCCGAGACAUCGCCCGGCUAGAGAGGAAGACAGAUGAGACGCUCACCCGCUAUCUGCAGAUGUUCAUGGCCAUGUGUCGCCGGGUGUGUGGGCUGCCCCUCGAGGAGGGGGAAGAGUACCCGGAACCAAGCCUGCUGGUGAGGCAGCUGACGGAGGAGCGGGCCACCCGGGCUCUGUACCGCAUUGAUCUGCUGCGGCGGGUGCGCGAGCAGGUCCUGUGCCACCCGCUGCUGGCGGAGCGUCUGCAGCUAUGCCAACCCUCGGCAGAGCUGCCCGGCUGGUGGGAGAGCGGCCGCCACGACUUGGAGCUGCUGCAGGGGGCCGCCAGGCAUGGCCUGCGCCGGGCCCACGCGCGCCUCCUCUGCGACCCCUGCCUCUCAUUCCGCGCCUGCCGUCUGGCCCACCUCCAGGGACAUCCCCCCUCGCCUGCCUGCUGUCCAGUCAGGGGCACCGGAGGCUGUAGCCCCCCUCCUGGCGACUGGGAGCGUGAGACGGACUCCGAUCUGGAUCGUUCCUCCCUCGCUGACUCCUGUCCCAGCUCCUCAGAGGAAAGUGACGGCGACGGAGCCUGUGCUGAGGCUCGGUCACUCUCGAAGAACUACGACGAGGAGAGCACAAUAUCCCUCAACACCUCCCGGGACGAGACGCAGGAUGGCUUUCCCAGUGAUGAGCUGGAGCCCAGCCUGGGCAACCUCUUGCAUGACAAGCAGCUCCCAGUACCCAGCUGGCCCAAGGACCGAGUGCUGAUCAACCGCAUUAACAUGGUGUGUCACACAGUGCUGAAUGGCUGCUGGCCCACUCCCCGGAGGGCACAGUGCGAUCCCGCCAGAUGCCCGCAGGCCUGCCCUGGCACCCCAUCGCUGGUGGAGAGCCCUGAGGAGACCCCGGUGCCCACGCCGGGAAGCCUGACCAUUGAUGAGGACACCCCUUCCGCCUCCUUCACCAAGGUGAAGAAACACGCCCGCGAGAAGGAGUUUACCGUCAAGAUCAACAACGAGGACGGACUGAAGUUGACCUUUCACAAGCAGCGCCGCCGCCCCCGUAAGCCAGAGGACGAGGAGGGCGAGGGCUCCCGAGGGCCAGAGUUCACCCCCAGCCAGUCAGCCUCAGACAGCGGCCCCGAGACAGAGUGCCCCCGGACCACCCUCCUCACCCCCUCCGCCCUGCUAGAUCACAGCUUCCCCCUGCGGGAAGGGGGCAGCCCCAACCCCCACACAGUCCGCUGCCAGCUGGACGCCGUGCUCAGCGCCGGAUCCAGCCCCCUCUGGAGGCACUCGGUCAACGGGCAGCUAGCCGGUGCACAGAGCCUGGGCAAGAAACGGCGUGGCCGGAGGAGGAACGUGGAGAGGGGAGAGCUGCUGCAGCCCAGCCCAAGCCAGGGGCUCUGUACUGCGAAUGGCGAGGUGGAGCGAACCAUGGAAGAGCCUCAGACGCAGCCACGGCGGCCGGAGCCCGACAUGGAAACCCGUAUCCCUGUGGUCAGCAAGCUGGACGGCACAGUGCUGGCAGGCGACGAAGCCCCCCGGCGCCGAGAACUCGACCAGUGGCUCAAGCUCAAUCCCGACUUCGCUGUCGAUCCCAGCUGCCUAGCGUUUGUCGAGGACCGGCCGAAGCAGAAGCGGCACCGGUGCCGGAACCCCCACAAGCUGGACGUCAACACGCUGACCGGAGAGGAGAGGGUCCCCGUCAUCAACCGCCGCAACGGCAAGAAGCUGGGAGGGGGAUUUGCUCCACCGAUCAAAGACCUCCAGAAGUGGCUACAAGACAACUCGGAAUACGGAGUCGCUCAGGAAUGGGCCGACGUUAUCAAGCAGUCGGGAUUCCUCGCUGAAGACAUGUACGAUCGGAUCCUCAGUGGCCCGGUGGUGCCCGAGGAGGGCAGGAAGAGGGGCCGGCGCCCCAAACACCUCACAGCUGCCCUGCAGGUGAACUCGCUGCUGGAGGGGGGAGGCCUGCGGAGCCUCCAACAGGAGCUGCCCCCCUUGCAGCUACCCGGCCUGGUGGGCUACCCGCAGGCCCCGGCCCCCACCCAGAGCCAGACCGGACUCUCAGAACCUCCACCUGGACCCUCAUUGCCCCUCAGUCCCCUGCUGCUCCCUGCCGUGUAUGGAGGUGGUGUCUACCUGGGACCAGGCGCCACUGAGCUGUCCCUUGGGGCGCUGGACGGCGCCAGGGGACUGGGGGCUGUGCGCGUGGAGGGUGGAGCAGCUGAUGACCAUCUCUCUCAGGGUUACGACAGUGGCGAAGAGGGGGGCGGCUACUGUCACUCCCUCAUGGGUGACCCCAUGAUGCCCACCAACUCCGACCUGAGUGGGGAGGACUGAGGUGUGGGCGGAAAACCCCUCUUCCCCAACCCCGUCUCCCUUCCACACUCACCCUCACCCCCAUCCAACCUCCACGACCCCUCCGUGCGGGGUUUCCGAGUACAGGGAGCUGUGCCCCGCCACCGAUCCGCCACAGGAGGGCAGGAGGAGGGAUCUGUGUUCCAGGAACCGGGUAGGGGAAUGCCAGAGUGUGCCCCCCUCCCACCACCCCACAUUCGAACCAUGGUUGGGUUCCAUGGACCCUCGCUUGCAAUGGCAACUCUCGUCUACUCUCUGGGGCCUGGUCUUCCCUCUCCCCCCCCCCCCCACUCUCUCUCUUUCCUCAGUGUGUGUUCUCUUUUCUUCUGUGUCUCUCUCUCCCAGUCCCAUGUGUGUGUGUCCUCCUCCCCAUAUGUUCCUCUCUAUCUACGUUCUCUCCUGUGUGUCUCUUUAAAUCGUCUCUUCUGUUCUCUCUCUCUCUCUCUCCUCCCCCCCCCCCCCUCACCAUCCCAUCUCUCUGCUCUCUCCUCCCUUCCCACCCUUUCCCUCUGAAUUUCCUUUACCCACCGUUGACCAGUCCCCAUGUGUCCUGUACCCUGGCUUGGGUAGCUGUGGCUGCCACUGGCUAGACCCCUGCCGCUCCCUGCUCCAAAGCUGGGCGGUGACCUUCCGAGACACAGAGAGGACCGAUAUGAUCCUGUCCGGCGGGAGCCUGCAAGCCGAGUCAGGCUCGGGGUGAGGGGCGAGGAGCUGGCGAUCGGAGAUACCCCAUCCCACCAGGCUGCCUCCCCAAGAUGUCGGAAUCUGCACCACUGGAGCCAAGAAAGAGGAACUUUAGUAAUAAAAUUCCAGGGAAAAACGGAGACAAACAAAAAAAAACUUUUGGGGCGGGAGGGAGGAAUGACUUGUUUUUGAGAAAAAGCAAUGUGUUGGGACUGAAAAAGCGGAAGCGCUUGCGUGCGUGUGACAUCGACGUGCGCAUGCGCUCUCUCUCACGCGCACACACACAGAGCAAGGAGACGAGGUUUAAAUUAUUUCAUGAAUUUGUGACAGGGCAAGGUGUAUAUUUAACUGCAGUGGAUGUGCGGACAAUGUGUCCAGUUCCAGUGUAUCUACAGAUCCUUAAUGUUUUCACUGGAGACAUGUAAAUAAACAGACGAAAGAUCCAGGGAUUUUUUUUUCCUGUA